AAACACUUUUUCGCUUAUUUAUAACUGAUCUCAUGUGAUAUAACAAACAGGGUGUGUAACAAAGAAAUUCGAACACCUGGGAUGAGUAAAAUGUUGUGAUUUCAGCCAAACUUUCUUGUUUGAUGGGAUUUAUACGUGCCAUACCAUUCUUUAUAUUAUUAUUUCAAAAUCGACACAACUCAUAAAAUGGUUACAUUUAAUAUAGGAAUAAAAAAAGUACAAAAGGUGAUUUAUCGUAAAUUUUCUUUUAUCUAGUUUUCUCUCAAUUUUAUUCUCAAUUACCCUUUACCUAAAAAAAAAAGAAUGACAAGAUUAACGUUAACUUCAAUUGUGUUGGCUACAUUAUAUGCAAUGGUUGUGGCAGAAACUGCUGCUUCAGGUUGUGAAAAGAAUGUCAGUGUAACUUCUCAAGGAGAUUUGGAUGCUAUCAGUUCAUGUACGGUUUUCAAGGGUGUCAUCACUAUGGAUAUUGUUCCUGCUGCACAUCUUAAACUGGACGGUGUUCAACAAUUGAUUGGUGACUUGGUCAUGUCAGGUAAUGUUGACCUUGUAUCCUUCAGUGCUCCUAGCUUACAGAAAGUUGAUGGUAACAUUAAGAUUAUCAAUCAUACUAUUUUAAACAAGCUUGAGUUGCCUCUUUUGACUGAAGUCAAUGGUUUCCACCUCUCUGUUUUACCUGCUCUUGAGGUAAUUAAUUUCCCUGCUGGCCUUGUCAAAGUAAACUCUUUGCGUAUUGAAGACACCCGUGCACCUCAAAUCGAUGGCUUGAAAUCGGAAUCUAUUGAAUCGUUCACUUUAUUGAGUAAUAAGCAUAUGAGAUCCAAUGAUCUUUCGUCAUUGAAGGGUAUUACUGGUGAUAUGUUAAUCCUUGGUAAUAACCCUGAGAUGCCUUUUAUUGCUGAAAAUUUGGCCAGUAUUAAAACUGCCACUUUCCUCAAUGUCGCUGAUAUUCAGAUGCCCGCUUUAACUAUUGUUCAAUCCGAUAUUUCAUUCCACGAAAAUGAAUUCUCAACUCUUGCUUUGGAUAAGCUUGAAAGAAUUGGCGGUACUGUGACCAUUGUUAAUAAUAACAAAUUGACCGAGACCUCCUUCAAGAGUUUAGCUGUUGUCAAUGGCGCUCUUUCUAUUGGUAACAAUACUCAAUUGCCCACCAUUGAUGGUUUCCCCGUUUUAAGUGAAAUCCAUGGCACUGCUGAUUUAGCCGGAAGUUUCUCUGAAUACAAGCUUCCAGCCCUCAAGGAUGUUCGUGGUGGCAUGCGUCUCCAAACUACUUCAAACAAGGUUGGUUGUUCUGAUCUUGAGCGUAAGCUUAAGGGCGAAAACAUUGCUAAAGGAAAUACUUGGAGUUGUUCCGCAAGUAUGCAGGAGUCUGAGUUGAUCCCCACUGUCGGUCAAAACCCUAGUUUACCUAAUUCGGGUACAACUAGUGGUGGUGGUGGUAGCAGUAACGGUGGUACUAGCAACGGUAAGAGUGGAAGUAACAGCGGUGGCAGCGUUAGCAAUGGAAAAAGUGGAAGUAGUGGAAGUGGAAAUAUGGAAACAAGCGGAUCUUCCAAGGUCUUUGUCCAAGGCUCUACUUUGUUGGCCUUCGCUGUUGGUAUGGCUUACAAUCUGUGCCUCUAA